AUGACUUCGAUCGCCCACGAGCCCGAGAAUGCGAAGCUCGAUCCACCCACGACAAACGUAAACCACAUCUUGCCUGUUACCGAACAUGUGACACAACAAGAAGACAUCACCGCGCUAGCAAGGCUGCAGCGAAUCUGCAAGGCCCUCGAGACGCAGCUUGUUGCGUACAACCUCGAGGCGCGUGGAAUCCAACGCGUCGAGCCAGAUGAACGACAGGACUUGCGCUCCUUGGGGUACUCCCAGGUCGCCAUUAUGUGGUUUUCCGUCAAUCUGGCGGCCAACAACAUCACGCUGGGUAUGCUAGGUCCUGCCGUCUUCAGUCUAGGCUUCCUGGACAGCUGUUUGCUGGCUGUUUUCGGGGCAUUUGUUGGCUGUCUCGCCGUAGCGUACAUUGCGACCUUUGGCCCAAAGAGUGGAAACAGAACCAUGAUCAUCUCGAGAUACAUCAUGGGCUGGUGGCCUUCGAAGCUUGUUGUGAUCCUCAAUCUCAUUGUCCUCCUCGGAUAUGCAAUGAUUGAUUGUGUAGUCGCCGGCCAGAUUCUCUCCGCUGUGUCAGGCAAUGACAUGUCCAUUGUAGUGGGUAUAAUAAUUGUCGCAGUCAUCGCAUGGGCUGUAACCACGUUUGGCUAUCAAAUCUUCCAUUUCUAUGAGCGCUGGGCCUGGCUGCCCCAACUUGUCGUACUCUGCAUCCUAGCAGGUGUCGCAGGCCCACACUUCAAUAUCUCCGCCAUAUCUGAAGGUGAUUCGAACCCAGACACAAUCGUAGGCAACCGCAUCAGCUUCUUUGGUCUGAAUCUUGCGGCGGCGAUUACAUAUGGCGGGGGAGCCGCAGACUUCUUCGUCUACUACCCCGAGUAUGCGUCUUCUUGGAAAAUAUUCAGCAUGACUUUGAUCGGUCUGAUGUGUAGCUUCACAUUCGCUUUCGUGCUUGGAAUCGGCCUUGCCUGCGGCAUGCUAACUAACCCGGCAUGGGAAGCCGCAUACGGAACAUCCCAAGGCGCGCUUAUCGUACAAGCAUACGAGCCCCUUGGCACUUUCGGAUCAUUCUGCGGCGUCGUGGUCGCCCUAGGCCUCGUCGCAAAUCUUAUCGUUCCUACGUACUCUUCUGGCAUCGACGCCCAGAUUCUCGGUCGCUGGACUGGAGCUAUUCCGCGUGUGGUAUGGAAUACGGUUGGUGUCAUCAUAUUUACCGUUUGUGCACUUGCUGGGCGUGAACACCUCGCUGAGAUCUUCACCAACUUCCUAGCGCUCAUGGGCUACUUUGUCGCCGCGUGGGUCGCUAUUAUAUUGGAGGAGCAUUUCAUCUUCAGGAGAAAGACGGGAUUCAUUUGGGAGGCGUGGAACCAAAAAGAUAAGCUACCGCUGGGUAUUGCGGCGUUGAUCGCUUUUCUGUUGGGCUGGGUGGGUGCAAUCCUGUGUAUGAGUCAGGUUUGGUACAUUGGGCCGAUUGCGAAAUUGGUGGGGACUUAUGGGGGUGACAUGGGCAAUUUUGUGGGAUUUGCCUGGGCUGCACUCGUGUAUCCACCAUUGAGGAUGUGGGAGCUGAAAAAGUUUGGACGAUGA